UCGGGGCGGCUGGACGAUGGCGGCGGCGCGCCGACUGGCCGCUCAGUGAGCAAGAGCCGCGCAGCGAGAGGAUGGCCUCGCUCGGGUCGGCCGCGGCCGGGGAGCCGGCUGCCGCAGCUGAGGCGGAGCUAGGUCCUCCGGCCCCUCCGCCGCCGCCGCCACCGCCCGCGCCCUCGCCGUCCGCUCUCGGGCCGCUGCUGCCCCUGCAGCGGGAGCCGCUGUACAACUGGCAGGCCACCAAGGCGUCGCUGAAGGAGCGCUUCGCCUUCCUCUUCAACUCGGAGCUGCUGAGCGAUGUGCGUUUCGUGCUCGGCAAGGGCCGCGGCGCGGCAGCCGCCGGAGGCCCGCAGCGCAUCCCCGCCCACCGCUUCGUCCUGGCGGCCGGCAGCGCGGUCUUCGACGCCAUGUUCAACGGCGGCAUGGCCACGACGUCGGCCGAGAUCGAGCUGCCGGACGUGGAGCCCGCCGCCUUCCUGGCGCUGCUGAGAUUUUUGUAUUCAGAUGAAGUUCAGAUUGGGCCAGAAACCGUUAUGACCACUCUUUAUACUGCUAAGAAAUACGCAGUCCCUGCCCUGGAAGCACACUGUGUAGACUUUCUCACCAAACAUCUUAGGGCGGAUAAUGCCUUUAUGUUACUUACUCAGGCGCGGCUGUUUGACGAGCCUCAGCUGGCCAGCCUUUGUCUGGACACGAUAGACAAAAGCACCACGGAUGCGAUAAGCGCAGAGGGCUUCACCGACAUCGACAUAGAUACACUCUGUGCAGUUCUAGAAAGAGACACAUUAAGUAUUCGAGAAAGCCGACUUUUUGGAGCUAUUGUACGUUGGGCAGAAGCAGAAUGCCAGAGACAGCAGCUGCCUGUGACGUUUGGGAACAAACAGAAAGUUCUAGGAAAAGCGCUUUCCUUGAUCCGGUUCCCACUGAUGACCAUUGAGGAAUUCGCAGCAGGUCCUGCUCAGUCUGGAAUUUUGUCAGACCGUGAAGUGGUAAACCUCUUUCUUCAUUUUACCGUCAACCCUAAACCCCGAGUAGAGUACAUUGAUCGACCACGCUGCAGCCUCCGGGGAAAGGAGUGCUGCAUCACUAGAUUCCAGCAAGUCGAGAGCCGCUGGGGCUACAGCGGGACAAGCGACAGAAUCAGGUUCACAGUAAACAGAAGAAUCUCUGUAGUUGGAUUUGGUUUGUAUGGAUCUAUUCAUGGGCCCACGGAUUAUCAAGUGAACAUACAGAUCAUUGAAUAUGAGAAAAAACAAACCCUGGGACAGAAUGAUACUGGAUUCAGUUGUGACGGCACCGCUAACACAUUCAGGGUCAUGUUCAAAGAACCUAUAGAGAUCCUGCCCAACGUGUGCUACACGGCAUGCGCAACCCUCAAGGGUCCAGAUUCUCACUAUGGCACAAAAGGACUGAAGAAAGUGGUACAUGAGACCCCUGCUGCAAGCAAGACUGUUUUUUUAUUUUUCAGCUCCCCUGGCAAUAAUAAUGGCACUUCAAUAGAAGAUGGACAAAUACCGGAAAUAAUAUUUUAUACAUAAUCUAGUGUUAAUGACCAUUCAGUUUAAUCACAAAGCAUAAACAACUGGCCACAAAUAGUUGAGUGUCAUGAGUAUUUAUAAUUACAGAAUAAGAAACAUUUUAGUUUCUUAGAAGAAGUAAAAAAGUUUAUUUAAAUCUCUGCAUGAUUCAAAGACAGAUUUUCCAUUUUCUUCUAACCCUCGGGGCAAAGAGAACCAGGUUUGUGUGAAAAGCGCAGUCUUUCCGCUUCGUCUUACAUGAUUCAUAGAUCCACUGACUUGUGAUCUUUCAGUAGUUUGGGAACUGAAAGAUUUUUGUCUUAUGUAGCAGAUGUGGGUGUUUUCGCUUUUUUAAAAGCUUUUGUUUUUACAAUUUUGAAAGUUAGGUGAAAUGGGUCAGUAUUCCUACAGAACUCUUUAUAACUCAAAACUAAUUUUAGAAAAUUAAGAAAGCUGACUUUAUAUUUGGGGUUUUGAAAUAUCUGGUUGUUAGCAUUUGAAAUAAUGCUAAAAGUAAGACUAAAAAACACCCAAGAAAACUUUCAGUGUAUUUAUAGAAAGGUGUUUUGUAAUAGUAUAGUAGUGUAUUGCAUAGUACUGCUUAAAACUAAGUGGAGCUUGUGUGCAGUGACAGACAGAUCGCAGGGAUGAUCUCCGUGGAUUCUUUGUCACUUCCAUCCUGCUCUGCCUGUCACGGGGCUGCUUGGGAGUCCUAGAUGACAGAGAGAAGAUGGAGGUGCACACGGCAAGAACAGGAUAGAGCGUUAAGCCCUCACAGCUGCUUUGACACCAUGAAGCUGUCCAGCCAGUCACUCCUGCUGAAAAGGAAGGAGGCUUUUUGUCAGCUACAUAGUUCUAGCCAAGAAGCAACGUGCUUGAUAAUUGUGACCUCUUAAUGUGGCUGGCGCAUCUAUAACAAGAGUGGGUCAGAAGGAUAUCUGGCAGAGUGGCAUUUCUACAUUUUUAUAAAGCAGAUUUUUAAAAUACAAGUGAGAUAACAUUUUCCCCUUGAAAAAUGAUUAUCUUACAAAAAAUUAACCUUGUGUAAAUUAAGCUUAAGGUGUAUCCGUCUAUCAGUAGUUGUGGAAAAUUGUUAAAAAUAAAAAUUCUUCUAAGUAUCAACUUAAGAAUUUUUUCUAAGCAGGAUAUAAAAGAUCUCAUCAAAAGUAAUAUUUUGUAUUUUCAAGAGGGCAAGGAGGUAAUAUGUUGGUGGCCAGGGCCUCUUAGAGUUGCUGAAGAAAGGGCACUGUUUUCUGUUUGCCCUGGUACCGUGAUCUCAUGUUGCCAGCCUCAGUUAGCUGGAAUACCCAUGGAAUGUGUGCUUCUGCUUAACUGAAGUUUAGCAAAGAGUGGUAGCCGUGGGGAGUACUUCUUCCUUACCAAGUGCUGCAUGCAGAGGUAGCUAGUGCUUCUGACUCGGGGGCACUCGUGUGUCUUGCUUCUUAUGAACAACUGUAAAGGGAUGUGGCUGAUGGAGGCUACAAGAACAGAACCACUCAUUGGCAUUGGGACAUCACCUGGAAUCUUUAAAAUAAAUUUAUCCUUUUUGUUUACCUA